AUUUAGCUCCCGUCGUUUGGCUAAAUUAGCAGCCGUGAUGUCAUCGGGCAGGGGCUGAGGAGAGUCUUUAGAAAGCAGCUUCACGCCGCCGCGCUCUCACACUCGCACAGAUCAGACAACCCAGCGAACACCCUCCUCUCCAGCACACACUCAGACCAAGAGGAUGCAGACGGCACAACGCAGUCUCACCAAACAGAGACAGCAGCAGGCCAUGAUCCUGAGCAGAGAGGCCAAGGGAGGUCUGAACCUUGGGAAGAAGAUCAGUGUUCCUAGGGAUGUGAUGAUGGAGGAGCUGAACCUGAACACCAACAGAGGAUCCAUCAUGUUCCAGGAGCGCCAGAGGAGAGUGGAGAGAUUCACGCUGGAGAACUCGGCAGACGCUUCCUCCGUCUUCUAUAACACGGAACAAAACCAAAUCCAGAACCAGGACCACAUGAUGACAGACGUGCAGGGAGGGAAAGAGAACCUGCUGUAUCCAGUGGCCGGCAAACACAGUCUCGUCACCACCCUCAAGAACACGGUGGCCAAGAAAGGAAGCCCUAACGUCCUGGCACCAGGCUACUCCGGGCCGCUGAGAGAUAUCCCUCGGGAGAAGUUCAACGCCACGGUGAUCCCAAAGUCUUAUUGUUCACCGUGGCAGGAAGCUCUGGGAGAAAAUCAAGAGCUGCUGUCCUCGAUCAACUCUCAGAUAGCGGAACCGCCACAGAAACUCCCGCCGGCCAACUACAGGUGCUUUAACAGAGCUGCGGUGCCAUUUGGAGGUCCUGUGUGCAGUCAGAGGGUGAUUCCUGUUAUUGGCUUUGAAGCUCUGGAGACUCCAGAUCUUUCUGGCAUGACCUUGGCCACCAUGUCCAAACGACGCAACUUCAACAGAGCCCUGCGGGGAUGGGGCAUCGGAUUCUCGCCCGAGUCGAAUGACCUGUGAGCUCGGCGUUGAUCCACAGCUGUAACAUUAGAGGAAAAGACUGUCGCACCGUAAAGACCUGCGCUUUGCACUUUCAGGCCGUCCCAUUAUGUUCCCUGCAGGUGAAAGGACAGAGGAGAGCAGCUGCGAAACCAAAAUUAAACAUCAGGAUAAAGCUCUGGAAGGAGGAAGUCUUGGUUGCUCUCCUAAACCGUUAAAGGAAUAGUUCAAAUUCUACCCGUCCAAAGACAUAGAUGAGUUUGUUAAUUCAUGAGAAUGUAUUUGAAGAAAUGCAGCAUUGCAUCACCUGCUCACCAUGGAUCCUCUGCAGUGAAUGGGUGCCGUCAGCAAGAGAGCCCAAACAGCUGAUUAAAAAACCUUUUUGGAUGAACUAUUCCUUUUAACACCGCUAUACAAUAAGAACUAAAUCUAAGGAGCUAAGUCUAAAUCUUAUAGCUAUCCAUAAUAACCUCUGGCAUUUUAUAAUUGUAGACAUGUAAGUGUUUCGAGUGUGCCCCCAAAAUAUAUUUAGACAUUUUUAAGCACACGGAAGAAUAUGCCUUUGAUAUUGCAUUAGAUGACUAAAUAUCAAAACAUCUAUUGUUAUGUUCGCGCAAGUAAAAAGCACUUGCUUUGAUAUAUGUGGCGUCUAAUGCGAAAAUGUCCAAAUACUUUUGGGGUGGCUGUGCUUUUUAAAAACAGAACAGACUGUACAUUUUAAUGAAGGCUAGUUUAAUGCUGACAAAAGAAGAUGGUAACGGUAGGCUCUUUCAAUAAAAAGUACUUUCAUUG